AUGGAGAAGGUCAUCUCCUUUCUACAUAGCGCUACUGAACCAUGGUUGAGCUUUGGACAUUUACCCUCAGCCUUCAUGGAUAUUUACCCCAAGUGCAUCUUCCUGAGUGCAGUAGGGGUAUUUCUCUUGUACCUGAGGUACCUGCUACUGAAACCAUUCUUACCCACAUGGAACAAUCGAGACAUCAGAAAGCAACAGGGCAAAGCUAAGAAAGGAAGAAGAGCAACAUCGAAAGAAUUUAGAAUCUUCCACAGAGAAGCAUGGGAGAGGAGGAAACUGCUGUCUGUUGUGCAAAGCCCUCUUGGACGGCUGUACGAUGCCUCCCACUUUCGACAAGUGCUCUGCCCAGACCCCUGCUGUGAUGUGUGCAAUGGGGCAACUGCCAAGGUCAGUCAUCUGCUGUCAUGGGCCACCCUCGAAGACGGUGCUGCCUCUGCAUCCAGUGUGCCUUCCACAGCUUCUGUGACUGAGGAUUCAUUUACUCUGCCCCCUCCGCUCUCACUGAGCCCCCCAGGAGGUCAAACUUCAUCCCUUUCACCUGUACCUUCUCCUCCUCCCCCCACUCUCUCGGCUAACACAGUCACCCCCUUGGAAGACAUACUUUUGUAUGCACCACAAGGUGACUCUCCGCCAUCAGAGCCUGUUCUUCUCACAAGCACUGACUCCCCACUGGACCACAUCCCAUCUCCUCCACUUCCCACAUUUCCUCAAGCAGAAGGGUCUUUACGACUGGAAACCACUCCAUCCGUGGUGGGCAGCCCGAGAGAGUGGCUUGUCAGUGCCACAGCAAACAAGGAAGCUUGCGGUGACGGUGACGUGCCAGCGUUCUCCCCGGAGUCGGAAUGCCUGGUUAACUCCCACUCCUCUAAAGCUUUUUUGGGGGGACAAACCACAGACUACUUCACGAUGCCUGGAAAACUCUCUUUCCCCAGCCCCGAAGUCCUGGUGCUGCUUGAGAGACGAGACGGAAGUCAGGCUGACUUCCUCAUGCGGAAGGAUGGGGAAGAAAAAGCAGAAACUUUCCAAAAAGCACUUACAACUUGGGAGGAAAUCCCAGAGUCCACUACUGAGUUGCAGAACUCAGGAGGCUCCCUUCCUCUGGGGGGCAGCAAAAGCAUGCUCAGUGAGCUGAUCAGGCACCAGGGGUUCACUCAGGCUCAAACCACUGAAGACCAGUCAGAACCCAAGUUUACACAGCGCUUCUGGGGUCUCCCAUAUCUUCACAGCGAGUCCAUGAAUGCUAUCAGUACACUGUCGGCUCACUGUUCCUCAACCUACAUCUGGUUCAACGGAACCCCAGACUCCUCAGUCCUGACUCUUCCCACACCUCUGUCUUUGCCUGAGAGCCCAUCACAGAUGUUGGCCCAAUCUCAGUCUCAAAGUGUCCUGCUUGCCAUGUCCCAGACCCAGUUUCAACCUCCAAUCCCAGGGACAUUUUCCUCUCAAUCUCAGCUUAGGAUCUGUGGGGUGUAUUUUCAUAGGUCCCAAGACAAGACAAAAACUUUGCUGCAAGCCCAAAUCCACCACCUAGAAUGCAGCAUCAUGACAAAGGUACAGGAGAGGGUGUGGGGUUUACCUUCAGUGGUCCAAAAAUCUCAGGAAGACUUUUGUCUCCUGCCUUCCAAGCCCUCAUUGGUCAGGCAGUCCUCCGAGACCCAUGCUCCCAGGUCCGUUCCUCCUGAAGACUUCCCUCUGACCGAUGCAUUCCGGAGGAAACUCGAGCGCCACCUUCAAAAGCGGUUCAUCCUACAGCGCUGGGGCCUGCCUCAGAGGAUCUUCAAGUCUCAGCCAUGGCUGAGUCCUGACCUUUCAGAGUCACCUCCAUGCAGCUACGGGCUCUCAUGGACCUCUUUCCUUCAGCACCAGGAGAGCAAAGACCCACACGACACUGAGUCGAACCAACCUGGAAGCUCCCAAGACAGGUAUUCAGAGAGUCUUUCUCUAGAGGGAAAAAUGGUAGAGGCACAAGGACACAGUCCAGAGAUUGCUCAAAGAUGUCUGUGGAGUAAUACCAAGGGUGCUCUAGCUAAUGGCCUGCAAUCUGACUGUGAAACGAACCUACAGUGCCACCCAGGCAGUCUGUCAGGCAAACCUUCAGGGACCUCAGAGGUUAGCCAGUGUCAGAAAAAACUUGAAACUGCCCUGCAAAAGCACUUGAUCAGGCAUCUCAAUGAAACCAAUGAGGAUCAUAUAUCUGGCACUGUGUCCAGAUCGGGACAUUGUCCUCUCCCUUUUACCUUAUGUAUAGAUAAAGAAGAACAUGAGGCUCAGAGACAGUUACCCUCUGAUAACAAGGAUGGACAUGUCAAAAGCACAUAUACAAUGACAAAGUCUGUUCUGCAUCAGGUAUCCAUUGGCUUAGACAACAUCAGACUGAAAGAGUCAGAGGGCAAUAGACAUAGCUCAGAUGUGCCCAGAAUAUCCACUGAGGCUGGCCUUGUGCCAUUGAGUAAGCAACUGGAUUCCAGCAAAACAGUCCAGGGGCCUCAAGGAACAAAGAUGAAUGACAAAAACACAUUUGUAUCCAACAAGGUCAGUAACAUAGUCAAGAGAGGGCAGCUCAGUGGUCUUCAACCACAACCUACCAAGAUCUUGAACACCAGCCAGUGGAAGAGUGCCCAAGGGGCAGAUGGGAAUACAACAAAAGCACAAAGUACUCUGGUAGCUGGAAGGGCUCAGAAGGAAAUACCAGGUUUCCAGGAAAGUCAGACAUCUGACUGCAAUAGUCAAGUAUCUAGGGAGGAAAAAUUUAAAGUGGAAAGCAGACUGCCCAUCCAAGCUUUAGGGUCCCCAAAUGACAUGCCCCCUGCCUCAGAUAAAUUCACUUACAAGCCUUUACUCAUGCAUGACCAAAGCCCUUCCAGUGGACCCAUGAAUGCUUCUCAGGUACAGUGGGUUCACUUGUCUACAACAGGGCUUAGUGUGGAACAGCAACAGGAGCCCUGGAUGCAUUCAUAUGUCUUAGACAAGGGCCAGGACAAGGACUUCCCUCCAUCUGCCCAAGUAUGGCCUGCUAUGUGGAAAACAAAAGAGCUUGGAGCAGGGAUUACAAGGUCUGGGACAUUGCAGGCCAAUGGGAAGAGCUGUCAUUUACAGGACAGCCCAAGCCAGGGGAAUUACGGCGAAAAGCCCGCCCGACCCCUGCCACCAAAGGCACUGACUCCUCCUGAACACCAGUUCAGGAAGCACAUCAAACACUUUCUGCAGUGGAUUUCUCCUGACAGAAAGUGCAAAGGUCAGGAGACAUUCCCGAGAAAAGGUACUUCCCCAUCACCACCAGUGCAGGACCCAGAGCUAUGGAAGGGGAGAGCUACCCUUCCAGGGAACACUGUAGCUCAGAAAGCCACGAGAGUCCCUGGGAAAGUCCCCAAGGAGCAGCUGGGACAUAGGCAUAUUGCAACAGACACCAUGUACCCCCGUGUGCCCUUAUCUCCUCCUAUCAAGCCUGUGAAAACUAAUCCAAAGAAAGUAUCCUGGGUCCCAGCUGAGCCAGUGCAGGGGCGUCCAUUCCACCACCAAGCAACCUGCCCUAAGGUGCCAAGUCCUCGGGCCUACAACCAGGCCACUGCUUUUGUUGGUCAAAAGAGAUGGGUAGAAGACAGGGACAGACAGUCCCAGAAAAGUAUGGCUUUACAGCCUCACCCACCUGCACCCUACAGGUAG